AAAGAUUAUCUUAUUUAAAAAGCAAUUUAUAUUUUAUUUUUUAUCUAAAUUUAUUCCAUAUUUCCAUCUUCAAUCCUUAUUCCUUAUGUUUGUAAUUUUUCAAAUUUGUUAAUAAUAUUUAAUUUUUAUCUCAUAAUUUAUAGUAAGAUUUGAUUGGAAUUAUGUCUAUUAAAAUGUCAGAUAAUGAUUCACUAAAUGUUGGUAAUACUUAUAAAGUGGCAAACAAUGGUCAACUUAUUAAACUAGAAUCAAAUAUUCUUGGUGCACAAACUUUGAUCGUCACUGAUGAUGAUGGAUCUCUUGAGUCUGUUGAUGAACAACCUACUGCUGCUGUCAUAGAAAACGGAAACGUAACUGGAAUUGUUAUGAGUAAAACCAACGAUACAAACAUUACACAAUAUGAGCUUAGACCAAACAAUAAUGCUACUCAAUUUUUUGUUGUACAACCAAUUAAUGAUUUAUUUACAACUACAACAACUGUUAAAAGACCAAUUGUACCACUCAAUAGUGAAGUGUCCAGAAAACGAGUAGAUCGUACUGUUGUAACAAGGGAUGCUAAAAGACGAUUGACACACAAUGAAGUAGAACGUCGAAGACGUGAUAAAAUAAACCAAUGGAUAAUGUAUAUGAGCAAAAUUAUACCAGAUUGUGCUGAAGAAAACAAGACUAAUUAUGAUAACCAGAGUAAAGGAGGAAUUUUAGCAAAAGCAUGCGAUUAUAUUAAUGAAUUAAAAUCAACUAAUCAAAGAUUGAUGGACUGUGUAAAACAAAUGGAGGCUGUUAAUAGGCAUAAUGAUGAACUAAGGAUGGAAAAUGAAGAAUUAAGAGGAAUCUUAUCACAACAUGGAUUAUUAUCUGAAAGUUUUGUUUCUAGAGAUGGCGAUUCUUCAUGAGAAUUAUUAGAAGUUAUAAAUUAUGUUAAACUGAUUUAAACUUCUUCUUUGUUACUAUAUUUAAAACUUUCAAAAUACCGAAGAGACCAAUGUUUUACUAUUUAUGUUUAAAAUUUUAAAUGUUUUCAAUAAUAUUAAAAUAAAUAAGGGCUAUUUGGAAUAUUAAAUAUAAUAUUAUGUUUAUAUAUUAAUAGCUGACUUUUGAUUAAUUUUAUUCAGUCCAUAAAAAGUUAUUUGAAUUUAACUAUCAUUUUAGAUCAAAUACUAAAAACAAAAAAAAAAAAUUAGAUAAUAAGUAAUUUAUUAAUUAUUAUUAUACUUUAGUGACAACCAUAAAAUGUACUUAACCUCUAUAUUUAAUUUAUGUAAUACAAUGUUUAACUGUAAAUUAUUAUACUAAGUUUAGAGUAUAUAAAAGGUGUGUUUGUGUUGAACUACAUUUUAAAUUUCUGUUAAUUUAUAAAUUUAGUUUGUUUGGUUAGGUUACUAAACUGAACCUUACUUGAAAUAUAGAGUUAAAAUUAAAUCAAAUUAAUUCCUUAAAUAGUUUUUGAUCUUAAAAAAUUUGAGGAAACUAAAAUAGUCAUCUGAAAAUAAUUGUUAUAUGUUAAUUUAAUCUAAUGGAAUACAAUUUUUAUUUUACCUAAAUAAAAGCUCAGAAUAUAAUUAAAUUCUAUUAACGGUUAAUAAAACUAUGCAAGAUCAUGUUUUUGUUUUUAUAAAAAAUAAUCAUUAUUUACAAAUUAGUGAUACAAUUUUUAUUUUUUAAAUUUUAGUGAUUAUAAAAACUUAGUAAUUUUUUUUUAUUUUUUUUAUUUAUCAUAAACAAUUUUUAUGAUAUAGAGUGUCUCAAUUUUAAAAUAGAACAUACCUUUUACUGAUUUAUUGACUUUUCAUAAAUUUGUAAUUAUAUUUUAUAAUUUAGGUUAUUGGAAUCAUUCUGUCAUAAAUUCUUUUUUUCAUAUCACUAAACAAUUUCUUAAGCUGUAUUAUUGAUAAUAUAUAAACAGUUUUUAGAAACUAAUUUUAUUAUUUAUGUAUUUUUACUGUUUAAUAAAUGAAGAUGUAUAUUAUUUUAAAAUAGUCUUUAUAUUGUCAAAUAUAAAAUUAAUGUAUAAGGGUUAUUGUUUUUUUUUUUUUUUUAGUACUAAUCUUAGUAAGUUUAUUGUUUUGUGUUUUUGUUAUGUAGUUUCUAAUUAUUUAUAUGAAAAAUGUUGAAUGGAAUUACAUGUGGUUUUUUUGUAAAUAUUAAUUUAUGCGUGGUUAUUGCUAUUUUAUUUUCUUGAAUAUAAAUCAGAAUUUAAAAAAUAUAUAAAUUGGUUUUAGUUUUUCAAUUUUUUACCCCCUCUCCCUUAAAAAAAUAAAUUUAUUUUUAUCAAAUAUUGUCCAAUUAUAAUUGUUUCACCAUAAUAUUAAACUUCAAACUAUUUAUUACAGUUUCAAAUAAUGUGGAGGCUGUUAUAGUUCUCUUAAAUGUAUAAAACCCAAGUCAUUCAUUAGUCAAUUUUCAUGUAAUAAUUUUAAUGAUUGUGGUUUACCUGAUCUACCAUAGUUGCAGUGCAAUAUUGUUGUACUUAAACAAACACCAUUGGUAGUCAAGUAGAAUGUACAAAAUUUAAAUUAAUUUCUUGAAAUUUAAAACUGUGAGAAAGUAAAUUAUUAUAUUAUGUAUUAUUAACAUCCUCUUGAAGUUAAAUAUCAAACUAUUGCUACAUAGUACAUGCUCUAACCUACAUACUUAUUGUAAACUAUUUAAGGUAUUAUAAAUUUAAUUAGUUGUGACUAGGAUUUGAAUUUGCUGAAAUAUAAUUUUUUUUUUUAGUGUUUUACCUACUAGGUACAUAUCUAUUUCUGUUCAUGAUGUUAUUUUUGAAUUGUUUCGUUAAUAUUUUUAUUUGGAAUUUUUGACAAAUCUAAUUUUACAGAGGAAUUUUUAAGUUUUAAGAAUAUUUUUUUACAAUUUAUUUCUAGAGCGAACGUAAAUAAUUGUAUUAAAAAAUUACGAUAUAAUAAUUGAUAAGAAAUUUGCUCGUGGGCUGUCUCUAGACGCUCGUGUAAGUAUUUGAUUUUAAAAAUUGUUUUCUUGGUUGAACGCAUGACAAAAUAAACAAAAUAAAAUGAAAAAAUAUUUUGUCAUUUUAGUACUCAUUAAUCAUUCGAACAAGGCGUAGCUGUGAAACUUGUAGAUCCAAAAUAUAUUUAUAAUAUUCUUCACAAUAUUCUCUACUGUACAAUACGUUUCCCUCGUACUUUUUUAAAACUUUACUAAAUUAAUUUCUAAAUGUAUUUUUACCGAGGAAUUCUUUGAGAUUUCUUAAUCCCAUCCCCAUGUAAUCACGUAUUACUAUAAUAUAUUGCUUAUAGUGGUGUAAUAUGUUGACACGUUAACAGAAAACAACUACGUGGUGAGGACACUGAACUCUAUAACUCCUUAGAGUCUAGUGGAUGAGGAGGAUAGAUUUAUAAGUAAAACGUCUUACACGGGACUUAGCCGAAAAACCAAAUUAUUUUAAACGUAUUUUAGGUUGUUAAUUUCACAAUGCAUAAUUUAUAUUUUGUUAUGUAUUUCCCCCCUCCCCAAAUUCGUUUUGUUUGACGAGUUAUACAAUCGUCAAAAUCAACCCUAUCCCUAGUAUAUCGCGGGCUGUUGUUUCGCGAUAAAAACCGAACGGAAAACGAAAAGGCAUGAACAUUUAACGCUUUUUAUUGCUACUAGAGUGCAGUCGUGAUUUUAAUCAUUUUUUUUUUCUAAACAAGUGCACAGAUGGAAACGGAGUAGUAUUAAGUUCACGGAAAUGUUAUUUGAAUAAUUGGUAGUUGGUACUGCACUACGCCGCUUCUGCAUUAGACAUUAGUACAUUCGGCCAGUCGACUCGUACAAACUCGAAGUACGAGUGUUUUUUUAAACUAGAUCAUUUCUACGUCUAUAUAUGUCCUCACCCGUUGACCGUUGUGUAUUGCU